GGUUCUAGAGCGCGGCGGAGGCGGGGCAAUUUCAGUACCGAGGAAAGUCUGUUUAGUUGGUGUUGCUUAGGAAAGCGGUAGGAAGCCGUGUUACCGGGAAACACCGAGUGGGGCCGGAUGCGGUUGAUCGGUGCGGAGAGGAGAGCACAGAAGGCCCGCACGCUUAUAAUAGAGACUCAUUUAUCCGUGCGCGCAGUAACAAGGGGGGACCCUAUAGAGCAUAUUGCCGAGGCCUGGGAUCGCAGAGGGAACCAAAGAGAGCAGAGUACGGCAAGGGGAGAAUGAUAGAGCCGCAGGACAGUAGUAUUUUGCCUUUGAGUAGCAGUCAACAGCUCCAUUGCUGCAGGCACCUUAUUCCAGGGCCUCUGUGGUGCUCCUGAUGCCCCUCACCCACUGUUGAAGAUCCCCGGUGGGCGAGGGGACAGCAGGGAUCCUGCGCUCCCAGCAGUGAUCUACAAGGACGAGAAGCUCACGGUUUCUCAAGAUAUCCCAGUGAACAAUGGGAAGCCCCAUCUCGUCCACUUCCAGUACAAGGUCACUGAGGUGAAAGUAUCCUCAUGGAAUGCCAUGCGGUCGAACCAGAGCCUUUUUGUGGAAAUUCCUGAGGGCAUGCUGGCUGAUGGGAGCAAAGAGGGGUUGCUGGCUCUGUUGGAAUUUGCCGAGGAGAAGAUGGAAAUGAGCUAUGUCUUUAUUUGCUUCAGAAAGAGUCGGGAGGACAGAGGUUCUCUGUUGAAGACCUUCAGCUUUCUAGGCUUUGAGAUCGUACGUCCUGGUCACCCGUGUGUUCCUGCUCGCCCAGAUGUCAUGUUCAUGGUGUACACUUUAGACCAGAGUUCUUCAGAUGAAGAGUGAUCCACAGUGGACCUGUGGUUACAGAAGCUCCAUUUUUGUGUGUGUGCGUGUGUCUGUCAGUAGUGGGUGGGAUUUUCUAGCACCUUUUUUUCUGGGGAUGGGAUGACAAGUGAGAUUGAUCAUGCAGUGGACUGAUAUUUUUGGCCUUCCUUUUAGUUUUAUGAUUAAGAUGUUUGUUUUUUGCCUUUUUUUUUUUUCUUGCAAUUUUGUUCCAAAACAUCAACUUUAAGCACCUUGCAGUAUGUGAUCACUAACAUAUUCCGAAUGUAGUCUAAGAAGCUGCAUAUGAGAAAAUAGAAAUCUAAAAUGCCGCCUGUGUCUGUGUGUAUUUAAUGUGCUUUAUUUUUCAUAUUGUGGUUGAUCUGCUCCUUUUUAGAGUAAACUACACAAAGAUUUUUC